CUCACGAGUUCCACCGGGAAGGUGCUGAUUGUCUUGUCACAUGAUUCUCACGUUUUGGGACAGUGUUGUACGCCGCUUGUGUCGGAUUAUGGUUGUCUAACUGAAGAUUCUUCCUUGACCAAAAAUGAAUGCUUCUACGCUGAUAGUGAUUUUGUGUGUUUAUAUGAUAACGCCCAGUUCAUCUGAAGACUGCAAGAAAAUCAAUUCUUGUUCAUGUAAAAACUCUAAAGGGACCAUUGACUUGUCACCCCUGGGUAAAAAUGACGGAACUGCGAAAUAUGCCGACAAGGCAGACGGUACUGGACAGUGGUACUACUCCUACAACCCGUGCAACGAGUUCUCCGAGGGCAGUGGGGGAUGCGACAAAGUAGCGGCGUGUCAGACGGAUACAAUUUCCUCCUACUUCAAUCUUGGCGAUCAAGCUUCGGCAAAGUUCAAAGAUGACCCCACUAAUGGCCUACAGAUAGAAUACAGCGCAUCGACAGAUACAAAAAGAACAUCUUAUGUAACUCUCAAAUGUGAUGAAACCACUGAAAGUUUUACGGUUGACGGUGAAAACCCCCCAGGAAGUGCAUUAUACUACUUCACGCUAACCAGCAAGCACUGUUGUUUUCCUAACCCCGAAGACAAUGGAGGGGGAGGGCUGUCUGCAGGCAGCAUCGUUGUCAUAAUUUUCUUUGGUAUGGCGUUCGUAUACAUCUUAGCGGGCCUGGUGUUUCAAGCCUUUGUACGAAAAGCGUCUGGCAGAGAGAUGGUACCCAACUACAACCUAUGGUCGGCGCUACCAGGUCUCAUACGAGAUGGGGUCAUUCUCACAUUCACAUGUGGUCGGCGGUCUGGCUAUGGGAAGGUUUGAAAGACACCAUGUAUCUGCGCAGGACAGGAAGUUACGCACAAAACCCGCCCUGUGGUUUCGAGCAUUCGAUCGUACAUCAAAUGGUGCUUAGUCAAAUAAGUUUUUUAACACCUACGUCAUUACCUCUAUCCUGCAAACUCUAACUUUCAGGCCUUCUCUCGAUUUUCAUUUUGUCAUCCAGAAUGCCCCGAUUAGGCCAAGGGCAGAUAACUCUAAUAAAGAGUCCUAAAUCAUGUAUGUCUCCAUUCGUCGUCCCUUUCCGGAAUAACACGAGUUGGUCACGAAUGGUAUGUAUCCGAAUUAUCGCUUAUAUAUUUACACCUAGUAUAGAAUACCCAUGAUGCGUGUUAGAAUUGCGAUGUAGGCUGUAAUUUUAGAUCGGACUGUAAUAUGUGUUUUACAGAAGAUUCUAUUGACCGCCCUGUACCAUAUAGAACUCACAUAGCGCUUGAAAAAAACACGGGUUUUUGUCUUGAUAUGUGAUAUGACAAUGCCUUAUUUAUCUCCAUAAAUGUAUAUUUUCAGUCCCAAAAUAUUUUGAGCAAUAUGUGUUAAUUUGGCACCAACGCCGAGAAAUCAAAACCUCCUCACUCAUUUGAUGUUUCGCCUGUUACCAUUGCUUGAAUGAUUUAUUAAUGUAUUUAUUUGUUUAUUAAAUAUCCAUCGCGGUACAACGACAAAGGUUGUCAUUCGACUCCUACAAUACACUCCCUAUGGCUGUGUAAUGUCGACUUUACUUUAUGUCGAACUACGUAUAUGUCGAUCUAAAUUGAGUAGUAUAACGAGAGUUCAUAGUAUCGUGUUUUUGCUUCACGUUUAUAUAAAUGCCAUCUGUAUUUAUUAUACCUAGAACAUUAUAUCCAUGUGUACAUUUACCAUGCAUGCUGUAUUGCACUUCGGUUUAGUAAUAAAAAUAUGUUCAUCUUCA